CCUGAUCAUUGUAAUUUUUCUUCUAGAAUAAUCUGUCCCCUGGACUACAGAGUUGAUCGUCUUAAGGAGAUGAUCUCACAACAAUUUCCAGGCAAUCCUAAACCUCAGAACCAGAAACUUGUGUAUGCGGGUAAGCUAUUGGAGGACGGGUUCAGGUUGAACCAGUUUCUGAGGUUCGAGGACGAGUGCCCGGUCUUCACCAUCCACCUAGUUUGCAGGAUACUACAGAGUGAGAGUAGGGAACCUGAGCUGAGACGAAGACGGGUUGAGAAGACAAGUGAGGAGCUGGAGACCGAACCUUUACCUGCUCUCUACCAGGACGGAGUCAACUCUUGGGUCCAAUAUCUCUCCAGUCAGAACCAAUACACAGAGGAUCAUCAACAGCUGGUAGUUAUGCAAGAACUGUACACGCAGUAUCUUAGUCAGUACAUGCAGUACAUGCAGACCACCACACCCGUUAUUCAACCAGAAAUUCAGGGCGGACCAAAUGAAAGGGAAAGGCGGGAUAUAGGAGCAGCUCCUGCAGUUAUGAAUGCAGGGGGCGGAGCUCAGGGCUUCCAAGAGGUGGAGGAGGAAGGUGGUAACAGGGAUAUGUUGGACUGGUUGUAUGUAUCUAUCCGGAUUCUGAUCCUGGUUUCUAUUGUUUACUUCUACAGUUCUCUUGCUAGAUUUAUCAUCGUAGCAAUCAUAUUCUUAGUUCUCUUCUCGUUACAGGGAGGAAUAUGGAACUGGGCCCGGGGGGACCGGCACCAUAUUCAGAACGAGGUAAACAAUAUCAGAGGAGAGGACGGUGAAGUUAGACGCGAGGAUCCAGUACACAGAGAACCUCGAGGAGAGGACGAAGAGCUCAGGGUUGAAAAUGAGCUUGAGAUCCGUCCCCCGGAACCAAAUCUUCUCCUGAUUGUCGGAGAUUUCGUAGUUUCAUUCUUCAGCUCGAUGAUACCGGAUACGAAUCAACCGAUUGCGUAAAUCGCGUAGCUUUCUCCAAGAAAAAUGCGUCAUUUAUACCAGAUACAGACCCUUUGAUUUUCAAGAUUUAAGGAUAACAAGAAAAAAAGAAAUUCUAAAGUUGCAAACCAACGCAAUUUUACGCCAAAAUUUAAGUUUUAAUUUAAAUUUUGUUUAAAUUAUUGUUUUUUCAUUUUUCAUCAGUCUUGACAAACAACAACCUAGAAAAGAUGUAGUUGUUCAGUUUUGAUUGCAAUACAUAUUACUUAUAUAGUGGGGCCCAUACUAACUAGAACUUCUUGCAAAAAUAUAUUAUUUAUCGAAUUUAAACAAAGCUUUAAAAUAAUAUCCUUUCAAUUUACUUAAUUUUUUGCCAACUUUAAUGAGUUUCUAUUUAUUAAUAGAUUUUCCCCCUCCCCUCUUCGUCCUCAACUCUCUAUAAACCCCCUAACUGGUAUCUUUCAAAAAUUCAAAUUCACUAAAUACAAAAUGUGUUAAGAUAUAAAAGAUUCCAAUGGGGUAAUUAUAUUGGAAAACAUGGACAUUCUCUAAUUACCUGUAAAGCAAUAUUGAUUAUUUUUUUUUUAAAGAUUAAUGUCUUUAAUGUUUAUUGUUCACCAUUUUAUGAAAACAUUUGUGAUAUUUUGAAUAUUUUAAAGUUGUGUAGCCUCGUUGUAGCUUAAAAGGGACUGUCAUUGUAAUUUCACGUGGCCCCUUAAAUUCAUAAAUGGGCAUGCCCGAAUCUCAACGUUUCAUUUGACGAUAUUCGCGGUUUUCUAGAUAAAAAUUGAUACUUCUUAUUCAGGGUUUCUCUUGACAUAGUAACUGUGGAUUAUGGACCAAAGAAUAAAAAUUCAAAAUUCAA